GCGGAGCGGGCUGCGCGCUGUCAGGCAGCAGGGGCCACCCGGCCACCAGCGCUCGGGGGACCGCGGAGCCCGCGCGGCGCUGGGCUGUCCGGCCGCCGCCUCUGAACUGUCCCACGGGCAGGGCAUGGGCGCGGGUGCUGGCGCGGCACGAUGAGCACGGGAGGCAGCCCGGUCCGCGCCUACGACUUCCUGCUCAAGUUCCUGCUAGUGGGCGACAGCGACGUGGGCAAGGGCGAGAUCCUGGCGAGCCUGCAGGACGGUGCGGCCGAGUCCCCAUACGGCCAUCCCGCGGGCAUCGACUAUAAGACCACCACCAUCCUGCUGGACGGUCGGCGGGUGAAGCUGCAGCUCUGGGACACGUCGGGUCAGGGAAGAUUUUGUACCAUAUUCCGCUCCUACUCUCGGGGUGCACAGGGUGUGAUCCUGGUCUACGACAUCGCAAACCGCUGGUCCUUUGAUGGCAUCGACCGGUGGAUUAAGGAGAUCAAUGAGCAUGCCCCGGGGGUCCCUAAAAUCCUGGUGGGGAACCGCCUGCACCUGGCCUUCAAGCGGCAGGUCCCCACGGAGCAGGCCCAGGCCUACGCGGAGCGCCUGGGUGUGACAUUCUUUGAGGUCAGUCCGCUGUGCAAUUUCAACAUCACUGAGUCCUUCAUGGAGCUGGCCAGGAUCGUGCUGCUGCGGCAUGGGAUGGACCGGCUCUGGAGGCCAAGCAAGGUACUGAGCUUGCAGGACCUGUGCUGCCGGGCAGUGGUAUCCUGCACGCCGGUGCACCUGGUGGACAGGCUACCGCUGCCCACGGCCCUCAGGAGCCACCUCAAGUCCUUCUCAAUGGCCAGCGGCCUGAAUGCCAGGAUGAUGCAUGGCCGCCCCUGCUCCCUCGCCACCAGCUCCGGCCACAAGAGGACCAGCCUCCGAAAAGCAAGGCCCACCCACCUCCCGCAGAGCCCCCCCAAACGCUGCACCAGAAACAGCUGCAAAGUCUCCUGAGGAGGGUGCGAGGCAGAGGAGCGGCACAGGUGGGAGGCGGGAGGCUGCUCUGGACCCAGACGCCCGCCAAUGUCACGGUGACCACGUGGCCCCUAGCAAUGACGCCGUGGCUUACCUGACAUUUCUGCGUGGACGGGCAUGGGGCUUUUGUUUCAGAUGUGUGUUUAUAAAGGGGAGAUCUUCUCUCAAUAACAUGGAAUUUUGAAUGUUGCUUAGAUCAUGACUGCAGUGCAACUUUUUUCUCAAAAUAACUGCUUUUAAUAAGAAUGAUGACGUGUGUUUUGAGCAUAAAUUCUAGAGACCAAAAAGCAGGGAUGGAGAGAGAAAUCAGAGUCUUCAACGUUAGGCAGAGCCUUUUUGUAAACCUCCUUUUUAAUGUCAAAGCACUAAUUUAUAAAACGCCACAGAUAAGUUAGAGAUAUGCACAACAGGUCUGUCCAGCUUGUGUAUGAAACAGAUUUGAUCAAGUUUUUGCUACGUUAUUUACUACGUUUUGGGAUUAUUAAGUGAUUUAUAUGCAUAUUUUUCUGCAAAUCUACACUUUUUUGUACACGAUGUUCCACGAGUUAUGAAGCUAAGGGAAGAAAAUGCCAAAGAUAUCUCUCGUUACGGCGAACACACCGCAGCACAGUUACACCAGGUCCAGACGGGCAAGAAAAUGUCAGAGUCUAACGUUUCAGCUGAGUGAACACUGUUGUUUAAAACACUGUUUCUCGAAAAUAAAAAAGUAUACCUGUUUCUUGGUA